AUGCCAAAACCACGUGCACCUAUCCAAGCCCCUUGUAUCUUUAAUAGACUUCCUUAUCUGCUGACGUCGAUGUUGCUGUCGCAGCCAAACAAUAGCGAAUUGUCGUGGGGCCAGAAUUACGGCGGCUACAAGCCCAGGAAUCUCCGGAGGAAGAACCCGAUCGACGCAAAAUACGCGUGCAACAGGUGCGGGAAAACGUACAAGGCGACGACGUCUUUGAGCCGGCACAAGCGGCUCGAAUGUGGCGUCGUGCCUUGCGAAGUGUGUCCUCUCUGUGGCCGCAGAUUCAAGCACAGGUUCGUCUUGAACGCCCACGUCAUCGGCUGCGAGAGGAGAAUGAAUCAAGUGGGGCAGAAGAAGGACUACGAUUAA